ACUUUUAAAGGCACUUAAAUCCCUUUUUUCCUCUUUCUGAUGCUCAGUUUGAACUUCAGCAAACUGUCUUGACCCUGUCUACAUGACUAAAUGUAUUGAGUUGCUUCUAUGUAAAUGAACAGGUGGACCCGAUGAAGUGGACGGGGAGUGUAGAUAUCUGCUGUGGUUGUGGAAACCACAGACUUAAAAUUAAUCCAAACUUUCAUGCAAAUACCUCAGAAAUAGUUUUGUUAAUUGUCCAGGAGGUGGCGUAGUUGUUAAUGACUUACUGGAAAUGAACUCAGAUUUCGUCUGACGUGGUAUAUUCUGGUGAGCAUGUUUGGGUUUUACCUGGAAAUGAAAAAGUCAAACAUGUUGACUUAAAUCUUUACAAUACCAUUAUUUCCUGACAAAUGAACUUCAUAAACAGCUGGAUGGAUUUUUGUCUCCGCUCAAAGCUGCUUCAGCUUGAACUUUUCGGAAAUCUGAUGUUGCCAGAACCUGGAGGCAGUUUGCAGGUUUUCUUUUUUGUUUUUUUUCAGCUCUUUCCCCUCACUGAGAGUCUGUUUCUCAUUUUCUCUCCCUCCACCCCCUCACUCUUCACUCUGUCUCUGUUUCCUUUUCUAUUUCCUUCCCUCUGAGCUGAAGGGGGUGGGCCACUUACUUUUCUGCUGCUUCGUUUCGAUCACUUCUCAGUCCUCACAUCUGGAACAGCUUGUGUGUUUUUAUCCGUCCAGCGGACAAACCAACACCACACCAGCUGGCUCAUCUGCAUUCUUCUCAGGUUGUGGAACCACUUCUCUCCACGUUGUGCACCGGAAACCUGAGUAUUUUAAAGAAACGCUGGGAGCAACAGCAGCAGCUGUCAACGAGCCACACAGCCCCCCUUCAGGCCCCACCUAAACCUGCACCCUCCUCAAUGGUCCACACCCAGCCCAACACGCCCUCUCAGGACCAGGAUCUGGAGCCACAGACCCAGAUUUGUUGUGAGACCAGCAGCGAGCAGUCGGCUCACUCUGGAGAUCUGACAGACAUGGAGGUUAAGCCCGGUGGAGAUUCAGAGGGUCAGACAUCUUCAGCCGUCUUUGACAUCGAGAAGUCAACUGUUCCUCUCAACAGCCUCAAGAUGAUGUUUGAGAGAGAAGACAGUCCAGACAAGGGAUCCAGAGAGCAGAGCAGCAGAGGAAGCAGCCGUGCUAACAUGGAGCAGCUAUUAGCAGAUGGAAGUCUUGCAGAGUCGGCGACUCUCCGUGACAGGAUGGCCCUCUACCAAGCUGCCGUCUCCAAACAGGAAGUCACUAGCGAUCAGCUGGACACUUUCUGUGGGAAGCAGAAGGAGAACGUCCCGCCGUGCAGUCUGGACUCGAGUCCAGAGUCAGAAUCAUACACCAGAAGAGAUUUUAACUUGGAGAGCAACGGCUCAACUCCAGGAACUCCUGCAUCCUCCAGUCAGAAGAACUCCUCUCAGUCCAGGACCCCCAGGAGCUUCCGCCUGCCGGUGAAGGAGACCUGUGUGUCGUGUCUGAAGACGGUUUAUCCUCUGGAGAGGCUGGUGGCCAAUCAGCAUGUUUACCACAGCUCAUGUUUCCGCUGCUCACACUGCAACACUAAACUGAGUUUGGCGAACUACGCGUCUCUGCACAGCAACGUCUACUGCAAGCCGCACUUCUGUCAGCUCUUUAAGGCCAAAGGUAACUAUGAUGAGGGCUUCGGCCGCCGACCCCACAAAGAGCUGUGGGAGAACAAAGCAGAGAGUGGAGAAAUGUCCCCACAGAGUGUCUCUGGGGCCAAACCAAAGAUGGAAAGUCCAGCUUCAGACCUGGAGAGCCCCAGUGUGGAGGACUCCCCACUGGCUAAAGUCAACAUCCUGACAGCUACGAUGGAGUCUAUGGGGCAGGGAACGCCAGAAAAACCCGACCGACCGGCAGAGACCCGCAGGUUGAAGAUCUCCUGGCCCCCACGAACCGAGCCGGAGGAUACACCCAGCAGUUCCGCGACUCCAACAACCCCAAAAGCAGGCUCUGCCAGUAAGCCUGUCAGAGCCAAGUGGCCCCCUGAGAGGGACUUUUCCUCCUCACCCUCCCAGCAAGCUGGUUGCUCUCUCUAUCUGUGCCAGAGCUCCUCUCUGAAGGAGACAGACGGGCCCCUCUUGGUGCCAGAUCAGGCCAACGGUGGCCCCCUUUCCUCCGAGGGGCAAGAACUCAGUCCUGAACCUCCCAGUGUGGAGCUGCAGCUGUUGGACCAACACACCCCCACCGGAGACAUCAGUUCAGGUGAGGAGGAGGAGCAGGAAGAGGAAAUGAAGGACAUGAAAGAGCAUCAUCUCACCACAGAAAAACAAUUAGAUGCUGCAGGAAGUGAGGAUGAGGAGCAAAUGGAGGAGGGAGAUGGGGAAGUGCUCUCAAUGGAGGGUCAGGAAAGUCCAACAGAGCCGACCACCAUCUCGUCUCCCGAGGGGGGGGUGGAGGCCAGUCAGUCGUCCCAGGAUGUGGGCUUCUGGGACAGCGAUGAGGUGGAAGAUAAAGAGGAAGAGGAGCGAGACAUGUUGACAGUGGAGGAGCUGAUAAAAAAAAACAGAUACUAUGAGGAUGAAGAGGAGGAGGAAGAGGAGGACAUUUAAAGCAGCCAGAGAUGAUCCAGGGUGGUUCCAGUUGUAGACAUAUGGAACGGGAACUCUGAGCUCAUCGAGGAAGCUGUUCCCCGACUGAAAACAUCUCACCUGUUUUAAGAUGAAAUUCAACUUCUGUAAUGAAUGUUUUUAAAAUGAAGCAGGGACCACAGACGUCUCUUCUGUUUUCAUUGGCUGUUUUUCAAUGUGCUUUAAUGGAAACCAACUUCACAGUGGAACUGACAGGAACCGUCGGCUGCUUUGGGACUGAACAGGCAGUGGGCUCAUUAAAACAAAGAACAUCUAGAUCUGCUUUAGAAAAGGAAGCUCAGCAUUUCCAACUUUCUUGACUUCUAAGUUACUGCUUUAUUUUUCACCAUCCAUUUUUCUUUCUUUCUUUUAAAUGGUUAUAACAUGAUAUUAAAAUGUUGUGUUUUUAAAAGCAGGUGACCAAAUGCUUUGAAUUGUUAAAAAUAAAUAGUUAUAUCCUAA